AGUUCAACGUCUUUUAUUUAAGAUUAAUAAUUUCUGUUGGUAAUUUUAUUAAUUUGUAACUCUCCUGUGUACUUUUUAUAACGAAUAAUAUUUUUAAUAAUAAUAACAGUUCUAAUCAAAUUUAAUAAUUUUAGUGUAUGUUAUGAAGUAAUCACAAAUUAAGAAAUGGCUAUCAAUACCUUUGGGCAUGACAAUCCUGGACAAAGCCUAUUUCAAGGGACUGAUCUGACCAGCAUUCAAGUUAAUAAUGAUUUUCAAGAUGAUGAAGAAGAUCAUUUAGAAAAGCAGAGACUUCAAGAAGAGCUUAAUAAAGAAAUGGCAGAAUUAUUUAAUGAAAGUGAGGCCAAUAUGAGUGUUAUAAGUUCUAGUCAUUGUAGUGACAAUUCUGAUGAUGAUUUAGAAAGUAACACGAGUCAUAAAAAAUCUAUUCCUAAAGUAAAAAAAAAAAAAGACUGCAUUAUAUCUAACAAAGUUUUUGAACAUUUUCAUCAUAAUGUUAACCAAAAUUUUCAUCCGGAUUUUCAUAAAGAUGGAUCAUUUCCUUCCCCAAUUCCUCAAUACAAUUCUCCAAAUCAAGAAAAACCAACUAAUUUAACUGAAGUUGCUCAUAAUGUAAGCAAGAAUUAUGUAUAUGAAGAAAUGCAAGGCGAUACAAACCAAGAAAUAACAAAAACCAUUAAUGAAAUAAGACGUAGAGAAAUAUCAAGAUUAGAAACUGAAUUGGCAGAAUAUAAAAUGAAAGCAAAUAUAGAAAUUGAAAGUUUAAAAAAAAAAUUAUUAUUAACAGAAUCUGAAAAUCAACGAGUUAUAGUACAAUAUCAACAUCAAUGUGAGAAUUUAAAAAAACAAGCUCAACAGUUAGAGGAAGAAAAUGAAUGUUUGAAACAUAAAGUCGAAUUAUCUGAAAAAUCAAAUGUCAAAUUAACUAAAGAUAUGGAUAAAAUGCGUUUAAAUAUGGUCAAUCUUGAAGAACAACUCACUAUUUUAAAUCGAAAUAAUGGAACAAAGCAUUAUGAUACAAAUUUUGAUGUUAUUAUUAAUGACUUAAAGAAAAAUCAUGCUCAGGAAGUUGCUUAUUUACAAGAUCAGUAUAAAAAUCUAAUGGAUCAAAUGAAAGCAAAAGAUAAUCAUUGUUUGAUAUUAUCAAAUGAAUUUAAACAAUUGCAACAAGCUCACUACAAAACUAUUUCAGAAAACAGUCAUCUAAUAAAUGAUUUAUCUAAAGAAUUGAAUAAAACACAUAAAAUGAAUCAUACAUUUCAGCCAUCUAAUAGUUUCGAAAAUAUUAUUCAACUAAAUAAUCAACUUACCCAGUGUGCAAAACAAAAUCAACAAUUAAAUAAUACAAUAGAAAAAUUAACAGUUGAAAAUGAAAAAUUACGAUCAGAUUUAAAUACAAAAGUUGUCAACCUUAGUCUCAUCAAAGUUGAUAAACCUACAGAAGAUUCUGAUAUGAAUAAAUUAAAAGAUAAUUAUCAAGAAACUUUACAACAACUUCAAAAACAAAGAGACGAUGUUAGUAAGCUCACAGAAAUAUUAAAAAUUAAAGACAAAAGUAUUGCAGAAAAGGAAAAAAAAGAAAUAGCAUAUCAUGAUUGCCUAAAUAAAAUACAGUUUGAGUUGAAUAAACACAUCCAAGAAAAAAAUCAAUCAAGUGUGCACUCAAAUCAUGAUUGUGAAACUUUAAGAAACACUUUAGAAAUGCAAUUAGAAGAUACUUUUUGUAAAUUGAUUCGGGUUGAAGAAGAUGGUGUUGCUAUAAUGAAACAAAUAAAAAAUGAUGAAAAACUAUUGAGUGCUAAUAUUGUUGAUGAGUAUAUGUACUAUCAUCAAGUUUCUAUGGAGAAAUUUACAAAAGAAAAAGAUGAAGAGAUGAAACAAUUACAAAAUAGAAUUGAAGAAUAUAUAAAAGAAAUUGAUGAAUUAAAACAAAUGUAUGUGAAAUUGUGUUCAGAAAAAGAAAAUAGCUUAAAUGAAAAAGAGAAAAUGAAAAAGAAUUUUGAUGUUUUAAAUUCUCAGUUUCAAACAUUAGAUAAACAGUAUGCAUUAGUUAUAAAAGAAAAAGAAGAAUUGGCUAUUGAAUUAAUUAGUGUCAAAAAAGAGUUAAAUUUUUUGCAAGAUUCAUCUCAUAAACAAAUGUUGGAAAAAAAAAUUGAAGACCUAAAAAAUGAACUAAAAAUUCAAUCACGCCAAAAAGAAAUGAUAGACCAGUUUAAAAUUGAUUUAGCUCAAUCUAAAGAACGAGUAUUAGCAACAGAGCAACGAUUAUUGGCAGAAUAUAAUUUAAAAGUAGAAACUUAUAAAGAACAAUUAGAAAAGUUAAAAAAGUUAUACAAUGACAAAGUUGAAGAGUUAAGACAAUCCAAAGAAACCAUUUCUAAGUUAACCAAAUCUGAUAUACUAACUUCAGAAAAAUGCAGUGAUAGUGAAAAUAUAAUUAAAUCAAAAUUAACUGAUUAUGAAAAUUCAUUUGUAAAUAUGGAAAGAAAAUAUAAACUUACUAUUAAUGAAAUAACUUAUAAGUAUAAAAACGAAAUACAUGAAUUAGAAUUACAUUACAAUAAAAUUAUUAGUGCUGAAAAAAUUUUGUGGACAAAGAAAAUUGAAGAAUUGAAAAAUGACCACAAGUCUGAAAUAGAUUCAUUAAGAUCUAUGAUAAAAACAAAUCCUAUUGAUGAUAACGAAGAUUUAAACAAUAUUAAUAAUCAACACCAAAAACAAUUAGAAAAAGCUAAAGAAAUGUUAUCGUUUAAAACUAAUGAAAUAAAUGAAUUAAAAAUUAAAUUAGAAGAAGCUAAAUCAAAUAUCACAAAAAAAACAAUUGAUAUUGAAAAUUAUAAUGGAAUUCUUCUUUCUAAUUCUAAAGAUCUUGACUGUAUGAGAAAGCAAAUUGAAGAAGAAAGAUCAAAAUUUGCACAAAUUAUGACUAAUUGGGCACACGAAAUGCAUGAAAUGAAAGAAAAGUUGGCGACUACUGUAUCAGAAUCUGAGAAAUGGCGUCAAAAGUAUUCAAAAGUAAAGCAUAUUGCAUUGAAAUAUAAGCAUGCUAAUUUAAAGCAACAACAUAUUUACAAUGAAUUGUUAGAAGAUAUCCGUCAAUUUGUAGAUCAAUUAAAAAUUAAAACUGACGAACUCUUAAUGCAUAGAGAAAACGAAAUUAAAAUAUCACUUAAAGACUUUGAAAAUGAGUGUAAACAAAAACGUUUAGCUUUUAAUAAUACUAAUUCUCCUGAUUUAAACACAAAAUGAUAUUUUGAUUAUUAAGAUAUUAUUUUUAAGGUUUUAAUAUUUUUACUUAAAAUAAUAUUUGUAUGCAUUUAUCUAUUAUUAUAUAUUUUUUAAAUGAUUAAAUAAAACUAAAUUGUAAAUAUUUUA